UGUCAGCUUCCUAAAAUGGGUGACACUUGGUCCCAGCUGCCCUGGCCUGGGACCCCUCACCCAGCUGUGCUGCUGGUCUCUCUCCUCUUGGCAUCUGGGGUGAUGCGCUCAGAUGCCGGCACUAGCUGCCCGGUCCUCUGUACGUGCCAUAACCAGGUGGUGGAUUGCAGCAGCCAACGGCUGUUCUCCGUGCCCCCAGACCUGCCAAUGGACACUCGCAACCUCAGCCUGGCCCACAACCGCAUCGCAGCCGUGCCGCCCGGCUACCUCACGUGCUACGUGGAGCUCCGGGUGUUGGAUCUGCGUAACAACUCCUUGAUGGAGCUGCCCCCGGGCCUCUUCCUCCACUCCAAGCGCUUGGCACACCUGGACCUGAGCUACAACAAUCUCAGCCACGUGCCCGCCGACAUGUUCCAAGAAGCCCACGGCCUCGUGCACAUCGACCUGAGCCACAACCCGUGGCUGCGCAGGGUGCACCCCCAGGCCUUCCAGGGCCUGGUGCAGCUCAGAGACCUGGACCUCAGCUAUGGGGGCCUGGCCUUCCUCAGCCUCGAAGCCCUCGAGGGCCUGCCAGGGCUGGUGACCCUGCAGAUCGGCGGCAACCCCUGGGUGUGCGGCUGCACCAUGGAACCCUUGCUGAAGUGGUUGCGGAACCGGAUACAGCGCUGUACCGCGGAUUCUCAACUGGCUGAGUGCCGAGGGCCCCCUGAAGUCGAGGGUGCCCCACUCUUCUCCCUCACUGAGGAGAGCUUCAAGGCCUGCCACCUGACCCUGACCUUGGACGAUUACCUCUUCAUCGCAUUUGUGGGUUUCGUGGUCUCCAUUGCCUCCGUGGUCACCAACUUCCUCCUGGGGAUCACAGCCAACUGCUGCCACCGUUGGAGCAAGGCCAGUGAAGAGGAAGAGAUCUGA